AUGGCAGCAGCCAGCAUCUCUCACUUUGAAGCACUGGAGGAUUAUUCUCUCUACAGUAACAUGAGUGAUGACGAGUUGCUGCAGCUCGCCAUCGAGCGCAGUCUGACUGACACGCCAUGCAACACCUCCAAUACCAUCACCUCUGGUACUGCCAACACACCUCCUUCCCAACCUGACAGAAGCAGCCUGAACCCUGAAGCAAGAAACACUCAUCUAUCAAGGCACAGCUCCCACAAUCCACCUGCAGACUACAGCUCCCACAAUCCACCUGCAGACUACAGCUCCCACAAUCCACCUGCAGACUACAGCUUCCACAAUGCACCUCCAGGCCAGACCACUGCACAUGCACACUACAGUUCUCCAAAUCCUCCGGAUCCGGAGGAGGAGCCUUUGUUCAAAGCCAUCCGUGUUGGUGAUGUGAGCAGAGUGGAAGCGUUGGCGAUGCGUCUGGGAACAAACCUGAUGCUGCAGAAUGAACCGGGCUGGCUCGCAAUCCACCAGGCGGCGUGGUUUGGUCAGGACACAUGUCUGCAAGUGCUGCUGUCAGCUCAGCCUGGGAUGAUCAACAAGAGAACGGAGCGCGGUGAGUCGGCGCUGCUGGUCGCUGUCAGCAAAGACCAGCUGCGAUGUGUUCAGGUGCUGCUGGAAAAGGGAGUGGACCCAAACAUCCCGAACUUUGACAAAGAGACUCCUCUUUACAGAGCCUGUGAGAGGAGCAUCCCUGCGAUGGUGGCGGUGUUGUUGAACUACGGUGUGGCGGUGAACACUCACUGUAUUUGGGGUUGCACAGCGCUGCACGAAGCCGCAUGUCGAAACAACCUGGAGAUCUGUGAGAUGCUGCUCAAGGCUGGAGCCAAACACAAGCUCUCCAACAUGUACGGCAUCUCACCACUGUUCACUGCAGCUCAGAGUGGGCAACUCGCCAUCCUGCGCCUCCUCCUCCAACACGGUGCAGACAUUAAUGCUCAGGCUGCUGAUGGAGCAACAGCUCUGUAUGAAGCUGCUAAAAAUGGACAUGAAGAAAUUGUGGAGCUCCUCCUCUCUCAGAACGCUGACGCCAACAAAUGUGGAAAGACCGGGUUAUUACCGCUCCAUGUCGCUGCUCAGAGAGGAAGUGACAUCAUCGUCUCCAAGUUGAUCUCGCCAACCAGUAAGUCCAGAGUCCGGCAGACUGGCAUUAGCCCGCUCCACCUGGCCACUGAGCGUAACCGUGAAGACGUCCUGGAGGUUCUGAUCAAAGCGGGCUUCGAUGUCAAUGCUCAGCUGUCAGAAGAACGAUUGAGGCUGUACCAGGACCGCCGCAGCACGGCACUCUACUUCUCCGUCAUCAACAACAACAUCAACGCAGUGCACAUGUUGCUGGAGGCUGGUGCCGACCCAAACCUUGAUGUGUUCAGGCCGCUGUUGGUGGCGGCGAGACAGGGCUGCAUCCAGACCGUCACUCUGCUGGUGGAGCACGGAGCUGACAUCAACGCCUCCAUCCCUACACACCCCACCACUUUCCCCGCCGUCUACCUGUUCUCCAUGAAGUACCUGCCUAUGUUCAAGUACCUGCUGGACCACGGAGGUCACGCCCUGUCAUGCUUCAACUGUGUCAAUGGUAACGGACCACAUCCACCAAUCAAAACCACGCUGUCAGAGAGGGACCUCCACGAAACUGACCGAGUUACCCAGCAAAAGGGCGGCGUUCAGUUCUGUGAGAUGAUUUCAGCACCUAGUAUCUGUCGAUGGGCGGGGCCGAUCAUUGACGUCCUGUUGGACUACGUUGGACAUGUGACUCUCUGCUCCAGAAUGAUGGAACACCUGGACAGUUACACUGGCUGGAGCGUCAUAAAGGACAAAGCAGCCCCUCCGCGCCCACUGCUGCAGCUCUGCAGGCUGCAGGUUCUGCAACUGGUUGGACGCCGCCGGUUGAAGAAGUUGCCGCUGCCUGGUGGUCUGAUCCGCUUCCUGCAGCACCAGGAAGGAUCUAUGGAGGACUUCUGAAAGGACAUUUGAUGUGUUUACACUUCAUCUGGUUUACUAAAAGGAGGGUAUUGCUAUUAUUUAUUAGU